AUGGCCACCGUCGAGGAAAUCAAGCAACAACUGGAAAGAGCGAACAAGGAUGAGUUUGACAUUCUGACGUAUGGUGAAAUUGGUGGAAGUGAUCAAGAUGGCUUGGGUAAUGCUCCAAACUACGAUUGGUGCAGCAGAGAAGAGGAGCGCGCGGAAGAGUUGUUGGAAAACGACAAGGAGAGCAAGAAGCAAGGGAAACAAGGAAAACACACAGACAGAGGAAGAAGAGAAGAGACACAAGAACGAGAGAUUAGGCGAGAGAAGCAUGG